AUGAGCGACAUUCAAAACGGAGAGCUCAUGAAGCGGGACCAGACCAGCCAAUCACCUACUGUGGCGGAUAGCACCACUACCACUGGGAACGGAUACCUUACCGUCAGUCACACGCUGCCUGUGACUAAUCGACCUGCCGUUUCCCGAUUGGACCUAGUCCGGAGCUUGGAUCUUACGUCGAUGACCUUUGCGCACCUCGUGCCAACUUGCGACAAGCUUCGGCGACCUAGGUUUCCCGACCCCUUCAACCAACAUCACGUCACUUCGUUUGGGAUCCCCAUCCAUAAAGUUGGGCGCAGCCCCAGAUCACACCACCUGUGUCCCGACUAUCAAACGUCUGCGACCACACAGCUGCGAGGCGAAGCCAGCAAUAUGCCUUUGGCAGCCGUGAACUUACCUGCCUCCCUCGACGACGUCAGAGUCAAGAAGCUUCCGCCGUCCUCUUACUACAUUGCGGACUUCAUAUCAGAGGAGGAGGAACGCUUAAUCUUACAAAAGAUAGCUGAGGCGCCGAAACCCCGCUGGAAGCAACUGACUCAUCGACGUCUCCAAACAUGGCCGUCCGAUCUCGUCAACAACAAGCUGAUCGAUGCUCCCUUGCCACAGUGGUUGCAAGAGCCUGUGAUCUCGCGAAUUCUUUCCUUACCUCUUGCCGCCGAUUCUGAUUCGUCCAAUCUCUUCGCUAGCAGUCCUCACAAACGACCGAACCACGUGCUGAUAAACGAGUAUCCUUCGGGAGACGGGGCUGCCUAUCAUCCAGUUGUGUGUACUGUCAGUCUUGGAGCAAGUCUGUGUCUGAACCUAUACCAAACCAAGGAGGAUGGUGCCAUGGACCCAGAGCCUGUGGGACGCAUUCUUCAGGAGCCCAGGAGUCUUCUUAUCACCACCGACGACCUCUAUACCGAUUACCUCCACGGCAUAGCCGAUGUCGAGGAGGACGUUGAGCUAUCUGCCGAGACGAUCGUGAAUUGGGACCUUUUGCGUUCGCAGGAUGACUUUUCUGCUGGCCGAAGCGCACGCGCGACCAGGACGAGUCUGACAUACCGGGACGUCAUGCAGGUGUCGAAACUCGGGGCCAAGUUUGGCUUGUUUGGAAAGAAGUGA